AUGAUAACGUCGACUUGCAUUGUUUCGAUUCGUGGUGUUCGUUCAUUAAUUCCUCAUCAGUUCAACGCGCCGUGGCCUUUUGUGUCCAAAGUUAGAGGUCAACGAAAAAUCGGACCUGUGAAAUACGAAAAAUGGAAAAUACCUGGUCAACAGCGAGAAAUUCCUGAACUUUCUCCGAAAUUUCAGAAACUCAAUUUAGAGCAGUUAAAAGAAUACACUGGUGUUCAACCUACUGGAUAUGUAGAUCCGGUCAGCAAAAAGUUUGUAUCAGUGAAGGAAAUGAUACCUGAACUCGUUGUUCCAGAUUUAACAAAUUUCCCUCUUCGUCCAUAUGUUUCUUUUAAAACCGAUGUUGAAAUAGAAAAAAGGCGAAAGAAUUAUGAAAAAAUCGUCCGAGAUAAAGGUAGUGAAGAAGUCGCGGACUUAUAUGUAAAUGAAAAUGAACGUUGGCCUCCUCAUAAAAUUACUGCAAAACGACUUUUUGAUUUGUGUUACGCUCCUAAAAUCAGGUAUGUUCGCUUUCUUUCGCUUAUUUUUGAGAAAAAAUUGUAA